AUGGCUUCUUCUCAUCCGCUUUCUGCGUCGUCCCUGUUUUCACUAAAGGGCUGGGUCACCGUCGUAACGGGCGGAGGAACAGGUGUUGGACUAAUGACUGCCCAGACUCUGGCUGCCAAUGGAGCUAAGGUCUAUAUUACCGGGCGCCGGUUUGAUGUUCUGGAGACAAGCGCCCGCGUCCACGGCUCGCCAGAGAGGCUGGGACCACUUGGGGGCAGUAUUGUUCCUAUCGAGAUGGAUAUCACGUCGAAAGACAGCAUUAGGGGAGUCGUCGCCGAGAUCACACAAAAGGAGGGGUUCGUGAACGUUCUUGUAAACAACGCAGGGGUUUGGGCUGGACGUCCCACCGCUACAGCAGAAGACGGACCGGAGGCUUUCAGCGAGGCCUUGCUAGCCGAGAGUAACGAGGACAAUUGGCAGAAAUCAUUCAAUGUCAACUGUACUUCUCAGUACUUCGUUACAGCCGCAUUUCUUCCGCUCCUAGCCAAAGCCGCUUCCGGCCCGACCGGGAAAGUUGGCAGCGUGAUCAAUAACGGCUCUGUGAGCGGGCUUCUCCGAAUGACUCAAAACCGCCAGUUCUCGUAUAACGCCAGCAAAGCCGCAUUCCUACACCUAACCCGCCAGAUGGCGCUCGAGCUCAGCCACGAGAAGAUCAACGUCCGCGUGAACGGUCUUGCGCUAGGAUACUUCCCGUCGGAGAUGACGACGGGAGAUUCGAACGACGAGAACGAGAGCGUUGCUUCGGACGAGCAAUUUGCGGCCUUUAUGAAGGGCAUGGGCGCCGAGAGGGUCAAGCGUAUGGGUACGCCGCAAGAGCUUGCCAGCGUUAUUCUUACGCUUGCUACGAACGACUUUAUCUGGGGCACCAUUUCGAUCGUCGAUGGCGGCAUGACUCUAACUGUUCCUGCAAAUAUGUAA